UGGUGCUGGGGUGGAGGCUGCCAACUGAGGUCCCACUGGCUACCUCUCCCCACAGGUGCUGGCUCCGCCGUGACCAUGCCUGUGACCUUUGCCCUCUUGCUCCUCCUGGGCCAGGCCACCUCGGAUCCAUGCUACGAUCCUGGGGGCCGCCCCCGCUUUUGCCUCCCGCCGGUGACCCGCUUGGCUGGUGUCUCAGCAGCCUCCUGCCCUCAGACCUGUGGCCUCUCCCCAGGGAUGGGCCCUGGCCCCGGGGCUACCUGCAAUGGCAGCCUGACGGUGGACCUGGAUGGCCCUUUCCUCCUCACGGCUGUCAGCCUGCGCUUCUGCACCCCAGGGCCCCCAGCCCUAGUUUUGUCUGCUGCCUGGGCCACUGGGGGUCCUUGGAGGCCUCUGUGGCGCAGAGCCGCCUGGCCCGGGGCCUUGGGGGGCCCUGAGAGGGUGACCUUCCGCUCCCCUCCGGGCCCUCAGGCCAGGGUGGUGGCGCGCCACCUCCGCGACUGGCCCUGGCGGCCCGCCACGCCCCAGCACCCCCAUCCUUGCCUGCCCUGCUCCUGCAACCAGCACGCCCGCCGCUGCCGCUUCAACUCUGAGCUGUUCAGGCUGUCAGGGGGCCGAAGCGGGGGUGUGUGCGAGCGGUGCCGCCACCACACUGCAGGACGGCACUGCCACUACUGCCAGCCUGGGUUCUGGAGGGACCCCAGCCAGCCCAUCACCAGCCGCAAGGCUUGCAGGGCCUGCCAGUGCCACCCUAUUGGGGCAACAGGAGCUACCUGCAACCAGACCAGUGGGCAGUGCUCCUGCAAGUUAGGGGUCACAGGCCUGACGUGCAAUCGCUGUGGGCUGGGCUACCAGCAGAGCCGCUCCCCCAGGAUGCCCUGCCAGCGAAUUCCAGAGGCCACUACCCCACUUGCCACUACCCAUGGUGCUUCCAGCUCUGACCCUCAGUGUCAAAACUACUGCAACAUCUCGGACACCAGGGUCCACAUGAGCCUUCGGAGAUACUGCCAGCAGGACUACGUUCUGCGUGCACAGGUGCUGGUGUCCGAGGCUGCAGGCCCCGCAUGGCACCGGCUGGUCGUGCGCCUCGACCGCCAUGGCCUCGCGUUGCCCUGGAGGCCGCGCUGGGCCCGACCACUGCGGAGGCUGCAGCAGGAGGAGCGCGACGGAGGCUGCAGGGUCCUGAAACCCUCUACACCGAGCCCCAAGCUAGAUACUUAUCAAGGCUGGAGCGGCCUCAAAGGCCGCUGAAGGAACUCAGAAGCGACGGGCGGAACCAACCCUCUACCUCGCCUCAAGAGCCAAUCAGAAGCCGUGGCGCUCCAACAUCACUACGCAUGCGCCGUCGUUGCUGCGAGCAACUGUUAGCAAAAGACGGCAAACUAUAAGUGGGACUUUGGAGUCUCGGCAGCACCUCGUUGGCCUGUGACCCAAGCAGUUC